UGGAGUACUUAGAAAACCAACUUUGUGCCAGAAAUGUAAGAAUUCUCUUGAGCCCCAAAUGAGGAAGGUGACCUGUAACUGUUUCACCAUCAGUAAUGGAGAAAUGCAGGAUGUUGGUGUUGGCCUGUAUCCCAGCAUGUCUCUCGUGAACCACAGCUGUGACCCAAACUGUGUGAUUGUUUUUGAGGGACGCCAGCUUCUACUUCGGUCAGUCCGGGAGAUCCAGAUUGGUGAAGAGCUCACUAUCAGCUAUAUUGAAUCACUGAUGCCCAGCAGUGAGCGUCAAAAACAUCUGAAGCGCCAGUAUUGCUUUGAAUGCAACUGUCUUCUAUGCAAGACACAAGAAAAGGAUGCUGACAUGCUGGCAGGUGAAGAGCAAGCCUGGAAAGAAAUCAAAGAUGCUGUAGCUAAAGUGGGAGACCCAAGGUCACAAGAAGAGUGGGAGCAGGUUCUGGCAAUGUGCCAGGCUCUUCUAAAUAACAAUGCAGAUCGUCUUCCAGACACAAACAUCUAUCUGCUGAAAAUGCUUGACUGCGCCAUGGAUGCCUGUAUUAAUCUCAGACGUUGGGAGGAAGCGUUGCUUUAUGGCAACAGGACUCUAAAACCAUACAGGGCUUCUCCAAAGGGGUGUAUCUGAAAAGGAGAGACCUGGGCAUUUCAUCCUGAAUGGAGACCAUCUGGGUUCUGCCAUUUACAAAUUCGUGAUGCAAUGUGAUGCACUCAGGCAGACCCCUAUCCCGUGCAAAGCUCUGGUGACAACUUCAUCACUUGCAGAGUCCUAGCGGCGUCAAGCUGUUAACUGAAGAUGCAACUACAUCUCUACUUUCUUGGGUUUUUUUAAACUGAAUUGAAUCAGUUCAGUAAUUUAAUGGAAGAAAAAAUCAAUUCAGAGAAGGCUGAUUUUGUAACCUGACAAAGGUCAAAAUGUUUCAUUUUGGAAACCAAGAGGAUGUGGACUUUUAGUAUGUCUUGCGUUGCACGUAGUACAGCAUAUAGUUGAUUUCAAAAGAUUUGCAGGGGACUUGUGUAAUAAGAAAUACUACAUAUUGUCAUAGCAUGGAAUAGCAUGUCAGCAUAUAUAAUUGUAUUUGUUUGAAUUGUGUGUACUGUGGAAAGAGUGAUAUAAUGAUUUUUCUAAAAACCCUUAAGUCAAUGCAUUUUAUGUACACAACAUGAUGUAGUUGUAUUGAGCCAACUUUUGCAUAUGCUUUAGUGUGUUUGUGAAUAAUGUCCUGGGACGACUGUAAUUAUUAAAAGAUACUAUAAAGUUUGGUCCUCUUCAAGCAUAUAUAAAAAUUGGCUACACACCUUUGCCAUAAGCAUAGUUUAGACUGUAGGGCUGUUAAAUACAAAACACUAUGACUCAAACAAUUCUUGCUCUGGAAUUCUGCAUCAUGUAUAAUAUUCUUACUACCCAAAUCAGGCAAACAGAAUAGCAUGUUAAGGUGCAUAGAGAUAGUAUGCCACUAAAGACCCAGUACGUGCUUGCUAUGGCAAUAGCUUCAAAUGAAUUAUUGACAUUUCAGUUAAAGAUUAUUUUUUAUUAUAUUGUUCCACUGCUCACCUCAUUGUCACCUCUGUAGAGGGAGAAGAAACCCCCUUUCCACCCACUCCCCACUGUACAGGGAAGAGGUGGGUGUAGAGAAGGAGAGCAAGCACAAGCAGCCAGGGAAGGUUAAUCCCAGUUCUGAGGGUGAUAGGUCCCAAAUCCAAAUUCUCACUUAUUCUCAGAUCCGUGCCUAUUCCUCUUUGAAACAAUGUCAUCAAAGGUCAUCUCUGUACUUUUAUUGACAUGACUGCUCACAGCUAUUGCCAAUGGAAAAUAGGUAAUAGUUUGAUUUGUAUUGCACUGGAUUUAUAGAAUUUACCCAGUGUCUGUGGAAUAUUUUGCUUUCCUUGAUGGUUUUUAUCCUACCCAAUUGCUUCUUAUUAAAAUCCAUGUAAUAAAAAUGGUCACGAGGGCCUGAUUUUAAAAACAAGGGAAAUUUGGAGAUAAAGCUACAGCUUCAUCUUUAUCUGAUCCCUUUGUGUGAAAAUAUUGCUGUACAUAGUAUGCCUGUCUUCAGAGACCCUUUGUGAUACCGAGGCCGGACUAAAUCAGAAAUUCUUUAUAUUGCCAGUUUAAGCAAGAUCGUCCACUUAAUAUCUAAGUGAAAACUUUGAAAAACAUCAGGUGAGAUCCUCGCCCUAUUGUAAUUAAUGGCAAAACUUCCAUUGAGUUCAGUAGGCCAGAAUUUCACUCGUUACUGAUGAGUCAUAUUGAAGUGUCUGGUGUACUUUAUCCAUUUGUUCUUUAUCCAUAAGGACAGUUUUAUAGAAUCAGGGCUUGAUUUUCCUUCCUUACACUGGUUUUACACAGGUAAAACGCCAUUGCUGAGUGACAUGAGCAUCUUUGGUUUCUACAGCAGCCUCUGUAAUGUAUUGUAAUGUAUUGACAGAUAUUUCCAAUUCUCCAUGUGGUCCAUGAGGCAUGAUCUGCUCUUUAAUAUUAGCAUAGCCACACUUUUAAAUUCAAUGUUACUCAUUAUGGAUGAAGACAUCUGUUUUUUAUAGCCUCAUGGAGAUUAAAAAAUUUUAUACUGUGUAACCCAUAUGAAACAAUGAUACAAAAUGUAGAGUUAAGAUUUCCUUAGGCAGCAUCAGAAUGUACUUUAUAGUUGGAACAAGCAAAGGGAUUCUGGACAAUGCAAAAAAAGCACCCCAUCAAGUCUUUUUUCCUCAUUAUCUCUCUAGGCUAGCCGUAGCAAGGAGAAAGAUACUAAGCUGAGAGAUCACGGAAAUGGAAAGAGAACUUAUAAAUAAUUAAUUAUCUUAAAACUGUCCAAACUUAUUAUUUUUCUCUGCUUCAAAAGCACACUGUGCACUACAGGAGGUUAUCAGAAGUUAUGAUCCUUUUCCAAAUGGCAGUCCUUAGCAUGCUCAUAUUCCUGUACUUGCAUAAAACUUAUCACAAACUUUUUUUUCUCUGAGAAACUCUGUCUCAGUGCUCUGUCUAUAUCAGAUGCACAAAUUAACAGGUAGUGCCAAAAACCACCAAAAGACUGUGCCAAAUUCAGUGAUAACAUGGUGGUGUAAUUAAUUUACACCGUGGUUACUGAUCCUCUUCUCAUAGCAGUUUUACACCCAGGGACUUCCACUGGCUUCAGAGAAGUUACUCCUGAUAUUCACUGCAGAGGGUGAGAGGCUCCUUGGCUUGUUGGUCAAUCAGAAAGCAGUAACAAGUUACAGUCCCUGUAACUUGGACUAAUUUGGCACAUAGUGGAUGUGUGGAAUGAGUGUAACUUACACCUUUUAGGGCUUGUCUACACUGGCACUUUACAGCGCUGCAACUUUCUCGCUCAGGGGGGUGAAAAAACACCCCCCCUGAGCGCUGCAAGUUUCAGCGCUGUAACGUGGCAGUAUUAGACAGUGCACCAGCACCGGGAACUGCGCUCCCAGGGCUGGUAGCUAUUCCUCUUGUGGAGGUGUUUUUUUUAGAGCGCUGGGAGCGCUAUGCUGUGACUACACAAGCCACGUUAAAGUGCUGCCACUGAAGACGUGCCCUUAGAUGUUCUGUGGGAAUGCAGUUCAGCCUCUAGCAUAAGCAGGUGAAUAUCAGAUAUGUGCCUGCUUACAGCAGAGUUGCAUUUGGCCUCAGAGAUGUUGGAGGAUGGUGCAGCAUAGUUUUAAGAACUGAGGGCUGCUUUAUCUUAUCUUGAUGUUGGUUGCUUCAUCCUUUGUCUCUCGCUUAACAUGCAAAUUAUUCUAAUUUUGCACACCAAUUUGCACAUCACUAAGUUGGCAAAAGUUACCUUACUUAGGCAUACGUGGUUGCAAAUGGCAAUCUUCUGACCUAAUUUACAGCUGACCUGUCACUUAUACUGAUAUAUAUAUAUAUAGGUCAGCAGUGAUUUUGGUCAAGAGAUUUCUUUUGGAGAUGCAUCCUCUUCCUGCAGGCUGCAUCUGGCAUUGUGCGUCUAAUAAAAAAAUACAUUAUUGCAGAAAAGUGUUAUUAAAGAAGUAUGCUCUGCAGAACUUUGUCUUGCCUUUUUCCCACUUGAAAAGCCAGCCAGGAAGCAACAAGCUCUCAGGAGAUCUGUUUUCCUUCUUUACAUUUAAAAUGUUGCCUUUUGUAAGCCACAGGGUUCCCUGAAGUACCAUCCAAAAACACACAAGCAUAUGCAAAAGUUGGCCACAGAUAUGUACCAUAUGUGUACUGUACAUUUACAGACUGCAGAGGUUUCAAAACUACAAAACCUCAGGGCCUAAGAUACCAGUGCUCAGUCUUAUCCUGUUUUUUCUUAAUGGCCCCUUAAUACUUGGUGACAUACAACAAUGGAAUGAAGAGAGACACUGAAUGUAAGGCUUAUUACAACAAUCUGUGACCCACUAGUCCCCUCUUUUUUGUCAAUGACUGCAAAGGUGUUAAUGGGCCACCUCUACCUUGAAUGGCCCUUUAGAAUAUGUGCUGACUACUUAUGCUAAACAAUCUGUUCCACCUUGCAUUUAGCUGUGAUGCUCUGAGUACCUUUC